ACAGAAAAUAGGAACACCCUGUUAUCCAUUCAAAGUUUCAAACACCCUAAAGCCCCUUUAGGGUGAGAAAGGGGAAAGUUUCCCUUUUCCUCUUUCUCUCUAACUUAAUCUCUCCUCCUCCUCUACCCCUCCUACAUGCAUAUGUUUCUCAAUAAAUUACUAAUUAACUUGUUUCCACAAUCCUUAAUUAAUUAAUAACCUAAUUUCUAUGAGGAAGCUGUGCCCUAACCUUGACAAAGAAGAUGGCCUCGACACCGUCCUCGAGGUGCCAAUUCCUGAGGAAAUGUUCAACAGCAUGGGCAGCAACGCCAUGUUGCGUUGGGCAAACCUACGUUCUUUCAUGAAAGCUCAGUCCCACGUCGACAGGUCUUCAAAUGGUAAAUCCCAUUUCUCAUCACGAUCGAACAAUGAGUUCAUGGCCUUGCUUAAGCUUGUGGGCUCUCCUCUCAUUCCCCUCCAGGUUCACUGCGACAAUGCCCUUACCCGCCCCAUUAAAGAUUGCUCCAUCGAGGCUUCUACGGCAAAAUAUAUAGUGCAGCAAUAUGUAGCGGCGACUGGGGGACUGGCGGUAUUGAACUCGGUGAAUAGUAUGUACGCCGUGGGCGAGAUGAAGAUGGUGGGAUCGGAAAUGCGUCAAGGUGAUGACUCUGUGCAUGUGCAAACCAAAGGCAAUAGUGAGGUUGGAGGGUUUGUUCUAUGGCAAAAGAAUCCCGACUUGUGGUACUUGGAAUUGGUUGUUUCCGGCUUCAAGGUCAGCGCCGGAAGCGACGGCAAGGUUGCAUGGAAUCAAUCCGGCUCUCAACCUUGCCAUGCCAAUAAAGGCCCCCCAAGACCCCUCCGUCGCUUCUUUCAGGGAUUGGACCCUCGGAGCAUAGCAAACCUGUUCCUAGACGCAGUAUGCAUAGGGGAGAAAACCAUUAACAAAGAGGAAUCUUUCAUACUCAAGCUUGAGACCCCCACAGAGAUCCUACAAUCCCAAAGCACACCCCAGACGGAAAUUGUUCACCACACAAUAUGGGGCUACUUCAGCCAACGGACGGGGCUGCUCAUCCAAUUCGACGACACCAAGUUGGUCAAGAUGAAGUCAAGAUACGACAAUGUGUUUUGGGAAACGACGAUGGAGACGGUGAUCGGAGACUAUAGAUACGUGGACGGGAUCAACAUAGCACACGGCGGCAAGACGUCUGCCUUGCUGUUCAGGUACGGGCAUGCAUUUAACCAGAAGAGAAGGAUUGAGGAGACGUGGAAGAUUGAAGAGGUUGAUUUCAAUAUUUGUGGGUUGUCCAUGGAGUGCUUUCUGCCUCCUGCGGAUCUUAAGAGAGAAGACGUUGGGGAUCAACAAGAAGUGGGAGUGAGCUAGUACGUACGGCAUUGCGUUUUGUUCAAUUUAUUUUAUAGAAGCAAAGUAUAAAAUAGAAAGAAAGAACUGCAUGUACAUAUAGGUAAAACGCAAUCGGUCAAGAUUAAUCUAAUUUUGGUCUCCUCCAAUGAGAAAUUAAUUUUUUGUUGUUGGUGUGUGUCUCUGAUUACUAACCAGGCCUGAAAGCCGGGCUUGGGCUUGGGCUUUCCAUGUAAAAAGCCCAUGCAAAUGCUCAGGUUUCAAAGCCCAAAAGGGAAAAAACCCUAAUUCACACAAACCCCUAUUUAAGCUCUGCUUGACGCCUCUCAUUCCUCUCAGUUCUCAAUCACUCUCCUGCUUUCAAUACGAAUCCGAAUCAAAUUUCGUUGUUUGGUUUCUGCUUGGCUGCCUUGGUUCUUACUGGAUCUAGAUAUUGAGCAUCUGUUUUGGUAGUUAGGUUUUGAUUGUGUGUGCAUCUGUUUACCCGCUCCUUCCAUGCGAAAAAUCAAUGCUGGAGGAGCUAUAACGGAUGCGGAGAGCGAGAGGUUGGCUUACCAGCCCAUUGCAUAUAUAGGAUUGCUUUGGGGUCAAAUGGACCUACCGAAACUCACUUUCUUCUUCUUUGCAGAUUGAUUUUUGAUUUUCGAUUUUGUGUUUAUGUUGGUGGAGUCAAAUGGCAAGUGAUGAAUAAUCUUUUCCGCUUAUUGAUAUACUGAUUGUUUGUGUUGACAUAAACUCCGCUUAUUAUCUGAUGCCAUUUUCAAAAUUUUAUUUAUUUAUUUAUUUGUAAAUUACUAUCUGUUUAUUUGAUUUCUGGGCAACGCAUAUGAUGCUACAAACAACAUUCACUUAUACUACACACCGAAAUAAAUGUGGACAAAAUUACUCCGCUUAUUAUCUGAAGCAUUGCCCUGUUUUUCUUUUCUGUUGGCGUUGAUUUUGAGUCUUUAAGAAAAAUGUUCAAUGAUGAGGAAAAGCAGACGGGCGGACAGAAUCUGAUGCUAUGUAGAUUGUCUGCAACUUCCACUUGUGGAAUGGCUCUGAGGAU